ACAGCCAAUGCAACCCUGGUUUCUUCCUGGGAAUAGCACGAAGCAGCCGGCCAACGGUGGAGAUAUGCAGCACUUUGACUCGCAGAGCAUUGUGGGUCUGGUGGUUUGGAUGUGCUGUGUGUUGUACUCCAGUCUGCGAUCAGCCUCCAAGUCGGAUCGGUUCAACAUGUUCGAGCAUGCGCUGGUCGGCGAUAAUGGCGGAGGUCGCUCCCACGAUGUUAACCUCAUCGGCAAUGAAGAAGGCGGAAGUAUCGCUGGCGGGGAGUCUGAGCAGCGGCAGCCUCUGACAAGGGAGGCGAACACAGGUGUGGGACAACGAAGAAAAUGGCGUCGCCUACUCGUGGACAUUCUUCCAUCUGAUGUUCGGUCUUGCAACGCUCUAUGUCAUGAUGACGCUCACCAAUUGUACAAAC